CUCGUUAAUCUAAUUUGUCAACAAUUAAUUUGUGUCAUCCCUUUUGAACAAAUUGUUCCGCUGAUUUGAUCAUGUUUUCUGAAUGAAUGAAACUCUUGAAACAAUCAACAUGAAGGUAAACAAGAAUCAGAAUCAGUUAAUUUGUUUACUAUUCCGGUUAAUUACAAUCCAACAAAAUGCUUUACAACAAAAAUCAACCAAUCAAUCAGUUAAUUGUGAUAUUUUCGCUUACAUUGUCAUUGGAUUGUUAAUUUCUCUCCUAAUUAACUUAAUCAUUCUCUCUCUUCGGCUAAUUUUACCAAUUGAUAGUGAAUUUGAUCAUUCAAUUGAACUGAUUCGGACAAUUAUCUGUAUUGUCCAGUUAAUUAUAAUCUGUCGUCAACGAUCAUAUUGGAUUAAUCUUUAUGCUCUGUUGAUUAACCAUAAUUUCAAUGCAAACUUUCAAUCUAAAUAUAUUUAUUUUAUAUUCUCGUUAAUUGUUACAAUUAUCUUAAUCAUCGAUGGAUCUUCCUGGUUUGCAGAUAAAUCAGAUAAUUACAAUUCGAUUGAUAAUUGUUUUGAUUUUUUCUUCUUCCCAUCAAAUAGAAUUGAUUAUUUCCAUUUAUCUUAUGAGGUUAAAUUCACCUUGGUUUUAAUUGCGAUACUUUAUUAUGGAUUAAUUGUUCAUGGAAUUCAACUUAUAACAAUUAACUGGAUCAUCUACAUUUGCUAUUUAACAUCAUCAUCACUUACUAAUCAUCUUCAGUAUUUACAAUUUAAUCUGGUUAAUGGUAAACUAAUUUCUCUUGAUAGCAAUCAGAUUAAAAAGGAGCGACUAUUUCGUAUACGAUUGAUUGUUAAUCGUAUUGAUAAACUACGUCGACAAUUAGAUGACUCAUUAGAUUGGCUUCCAUUUGUUUGGAUAUUGGCUCAUCUUUUUGAAUCAUUUAGUUGUCUAAUUGAAUAUUUAAUUACUUCAAAUGGACAAUCAACUAAUCACACUCAAGUUAUUCAUUUAACUAUUUUCCUUCGUAGAUGGUCACUAUUUAGUUUAUCAUCGGUGUUUAUGAUUAUCUUGUGUUUGGUGACAAUUAAAGUGAAAUCAAAUUACCUGAACCUUGAACAACGAAUUGCGACUCAAAAUCAUCAAAUUAAUUCACAAUUAACGCGAUUAUCAUCCAAUGGGAUCACCGAUUUAGAGGAGAUACUUUUUAAACAAGAGUUGUCUCGAUGGAGACAACAAUUAAUGGAAAGACAAUCAACCAAAGGAACCAAUCAAAUUAAUCAAUCGCUAAUGGCGCUUCUGAUUAACACAAUUAUCCCGAUGUUUAUUAUACUCAAAACAUGAAGUAAUUAAAGUCCCAAAUUAAAUCAAUUCUAAAUCUGAUUAAUCUUUUUCCAACACUUUUCAAUUUCAAAAAUCUUCCUUUGAACAACAAUCAGGAUCUUCGAUGAUGAAUUUAAAAUUGAUCAGAAAGAAAACUAAUUAAACUGAUUUCUUCUUAAAUUACAAUCACAAUGAGAUCAAGUUAAUUGUUGGAAUCAAGUUGGAAAACUAUUCUCCGGAAAGUUAAAUCAUAAUCACAAUCAAAAUCGGUCUGAAUCAUUACAAAGCCGUUCACUGGACUUUCACUGGUAACAAACAAUCAAAAUGGUGAUUACAAUUUAAUUGCAACAAUCAAAUUACUUGGAAUUGAUGUUCAACAAUCACUAAAUGAUUUAAAUAGUAAUCAAUUAACUUUCCAUUCAUAUUGCUCGUGUUCAUCAAUAAGUGGAUAUCAUUGGACCUUUAUCACCAUGUUAUCAUCUGAAUUGUUUUCAUUGACAAGAUAAUUUACUUUCUAAUGACAAUUAAUCAAAAUCAAUUAUUGAUUUGUGUCCUCAUGUACCAAUUGAAAUGAGUAAUUAAAUCAGUUGAAGAUGAGCAUGUGAAGAUCCACAAUUUACCAAGGAAAAACAUGACAUAACAUAAUCGAAGCAAUUUAAUGAGAAUCAAUUGUUACUGUUUAACAAUUAAUUCACUGAUUGUCAUAAAAGAUUCAGAUUAAUAGUUGAUUAGUUUGUUCACACUAAAUGAUUAACUAAAUCACCAGGUUCCAAUUAACUGUCCAGUUUGAUGACCACAUGAUGAUUCUGGACUCACAUUGAUUUCUGGACAAUUAUUACAUUGGAACAUUAAUUUAUUAAUUUAACAGUUUGAAUUCACUUAAUUGUUAAUAAUCAAGAUCCCCUGGUGAUAAUUUAAUCAAAUUUGCUCUUUUAAUUGUUGAUCUCUUUUACAAUUACUUAAUGUAAUUUGAUUUUCUCUUGCAAAUUUAAUAACCAAUUUGUUAAUUACUUUGAUAAAAUUAAACAUACAAACAUAGAUAAUAGUUAAUUCAGUUGAUUACGAUAAUUGUUAUCUCAUUUUUAACAUUAUAAUCAACAAUU